AUGUCGAACAUCACCCGGAAGACUACUCAAAUCGCCCGAAGAAUGACGAUUGCCCUCCCGUUGCAGAGGACCUUCGUCUCAUCUUCCUCGAUCAAAAAAGAUUUUGUUCAAGAACUCUAUCUUCGAGAACUCAAAUCGUACAAGCCUACCCCCCAAUCCCUCCAAAGCUUACAAACCCAAGUCCGAGACUUCACGAUGCCUGCCGCACCUGCUGCCCCAGCAACACCCACUGCCCAAGAUAUCGCUCAGGAGAUGCAGAGUUGGGACAGUGCCAGCUUGGUCAACAACCAAGCCCAGUCUUCGGAAACCGCCGAGGUUGAUGUGACUGGUCAAUCCGCUGACGAAUUCUUAUCUUUCUUGGAGCGCGACCAUCCACCACCGGCCGCCCAUUAA